UGAGGGCUUUUGUCUUCUGUAACCGGAGCACAAGCCCAGGAGCAGAACUAGGAAGUGGGACUUGGACUUGUCAGACGGUAAUGGCCUUGCUGAGAGCGCGUUGUACCGUGUGAGGGAUGCCUCCGACUUCCCAAAUCAUCGGAGGGCUUAAUUUACGUAACAAGCCAAUGUUCCUGUUUUGUUUUUAACUCCUGGAAGAGGAAAUUAGUAGGCUGCAGCCGGGGAGCUCGCGUCACCUCCCGCAUCUGUACCGGGAGCUCAGGGACCAUUUAGCACAGCUGGUCACCGGGAAAAUCCUCCAACAACGGGACCUUCCGGGUCCACGCGGAGAGUCAGGACCACCCAGAAGAGGGCUGGCCUGCCGGGGAGAUGUGCGGCUGCUCGGCCAGGACCACAGCCCGGCUGGGGGGCCGGCAGGACGCGGCCGGGGGUGUGAGCCAUGGGCAGACGCGCGGGACACGCGCAUGCUCGAGGAUUUGGAAGUGCGCCAGGGUGGGAAGGGACACCGGUCCCCCGGAAUUCGACAACAGUUGGUCCUGUUCGGAGUUGGACCUGAACGAGAUUCGCCUGAUAGUUUACCAGGACUGUGAAAGGAGAGGCAGACAAGUCUUGUUUGACUCUAAAGCUGUUCACAAGGUUGAGGAGGUGGCUACUCAGAAAACGGAGGACGUCCCCACGAGAACGCCAGCCAGGUGCUGUCAAGGAGGCGGCAGCGGCAGCCUCUCUCCCCACGGCUCUUCCGGGGGAUCCUUACCGCACACCAAGGAGCAGCUUCCAAAGUACCAGUACACGCGACCCGCCUCUGAUGUCAACAUGCUUGGGGAGAUGAUGUUCGGCUCGGUCGCCAUGAGCUACAAAGGCUCCACCCUGAAGAUUCACUACAUACGUUCCCCUCCACAGUUGAUGGUUAGUAAAGUCUUCUCCGCCAGAAUGGGCAGCUUCUGUGGAAGUACAAAUAACUUGCAAGAUAGCUUUGAAUACAUCAACCAAGAUCCUAACCUGGGGAAACUGAACACAGAUCAGAACAACCAGGGCUCCUGUCGUACUGGAAGUAACCUAGUGCACAGCACUCCGGUCGACAUGCCGCGCAGAGGACAGAGCGAGGACCGGGACAGCGGCAUCGCCCGCUCAGCCUCCCUGAGCAGCCUUUUGAUCACACCCUUCCCGUCUCCGAGCUCCUCCACGUCCUCCUCCAGCAGUUACCAGCGCCGCUGGCUUCGGAGCCAGACCACGAGCUUGGAAAACGGCAUAAUUCCCAGGAGGUCAACGGAUGAGACGUUCAGCUUGGCCGAGGAAACCUGCAGUUCCAACCCGGCCAUAGUUCGGAGGAAGAAGAUCGCCAUAAGCCUCAUCUUUUCCCUGUGCGAGAAGGAGGAAGCCCAGAGGAACUUCCAGGACUUCUUUUUUUCUCAUUUCCCCCUGUUUGAGUCUCACAUGAACAGGCUGAAGAGUGCAAUUGAAAAGGCCAUGAUCUCCUGCAGGAAGAUAGCGGAGUCAAGUCUCCGUGUCCAGUUUUAUGUCAGCCGUCUGAUGGAAGCUCUGGGGGAGUUCAGAGGGGCCAUCUGGAGCCUGUACUCCGUCCCGAGGAUAGCCGAGCCCGUGUGGCUGGCCAUGGUGUCCAGCACGUUGGAGAAGACGCAGCUGUGCCAGCGCUUCCUCAAGGAAUUUACGCUCCUCAUAGAGCAGAUCAACAAGAACCAGUUUUUUGCCGCCUUGCUGACCGCGGUCCUAACCUACCACCUGGCCUGGGUCCCCACAGUCAUGCCUGUGGACCACCCUCCCAUCAGAGCCUUCGCCGAGAAACGCACCUCUCAGCUGGUCAACACGCUGGCCAAGACACACCCGUACAACCCCCUCUGGGCACAGCUAGGCGACCUUUACGGGGCCAUCGGCUCUCCGGUGCGGCUGACCCGCACGGUGGUGCUGGGGAAGCAGAAGGAUGUGGUGCAGCGCAUACUGUAUGUGCUGACCUACUUCCUGCGGUGCUCGGAGCUGCAGGAGAGCCAGCUGGCGUGCGGCGCGAACUGCGGCCCAGACGGGCAGGCGCUGGCCGGGGGCAGCGUCACCACGGCCCUGGAGAGGGGCGAGGUGGAGGAGUCCGAGUACGUGGUGGUCACGGUGAGCAGCGAGCCCGCCCUCCUGCCGCCCGGCCUGCCCGACGCUGACACCGGAGACCUCUGCCCCCAACUCGCUGGACGAGGAGGCCGGGGGCCGGAGCAGAGCCCCGCGGCUCGCAGCGUCCGGAGACCUCGGGGCGCAUCGUGCGGGGACCAGGAGAGCAAGAAGGAGGCGGCCCGUGGCGGCCCCGCGAGACCCCCCAGCGGCGCAGGUGCGUGCGUGGGGCCGGCCGGCGGGGAGGAGUCGGGAGGGGAGGUGCCCACGAAGCUGCCCGACCGCUCGGCGGCCCGGCCGUGUCCUGAGGGGCGUCCCUGGGGCCGGCCACCCUGGGAGAAGGUCACCUUCCACAUCGGGAGCUCCGUGUCUCCGGACUCGGACUUCGAAAGUCGCACCAAAGCGGUGGAGGAGCGGCUGCGGGCCUGCAGGUGUGCGGAGCCAGCGCGCCGACCCCCGGCCGGGCCCGACGCGGCCCGGGAGGCCCGGGACUGGCGGGCUCCGAGGUGCUCCCGGGCCCCCGAGGCAUCGGCGGGGGCCCGCGGCGUCAGGAGCGGCGCCGCCAGGGAAGCUGCAGAGACGCCCGGCGCACCUGCCGACGCCACGCGCGCGCUACGGAAGCCGUGGGGUCGGGGCGGGGAGGACGCGGACGCGCCUGCGCAGAGCGUGCGAGAGGACGCCGGCUUCAGGCGGGAAGGAGGCCUCCCCAGGAACGAGAGCUCGGACAGCGCCCUCGGCGACAGUGACGACGAGGCGUGUGCGCCGGCCUCGCCGGCCCUGGGUCCCGGCAGUGACGGUGACAGUGAGCGAGACCGGCCCGAAGGCUCGCCGGAGGUGGAGCUGCCGCUGCCCAGGUCUCAGAGCAUCAGCAACCCGAACGUGAGAAACUUCGGCCGCUCCCUCCUGGCGGGUUACUGCCCCACGUACAUGCCAGACCUGGUGCUUCACGGGACCGGCAGCGAUGAGAGGCUGAAGCGCUGCCUGGCCGCCGACCUGGUCCACACAGUCCAGUUUGCUUUGAUGGCUGCAUGAGAAUGACUGUAUAGAGAUUAACAAGUGUUCCUGCAAGAUUGCCUUGUGGCUGCUGCUAAGCGCUUCUCCGCUCUCUGCAGCGUGACAGGAACUGAGCAGUGAUGGAAAUGGUGUCGAUCUGACAGGCCUGUUUUUAAUUGAGCUGCUCUUGGACAGAUGUGCAAAAAUAGCUGUUUUGCAUUGGAAACAUACUGUAUCUUGGGCAAUAGGGAAAGUCCUCAUCGCAUUAGGAAAAUUGGAACUUGGCUCGCCACCUUCCUCCUCGCCCAACAAAUCCUUUCGGAGAGGUGGACAGAAGGCAGUGCAUGCUGCCUUUGACCUUGAGCUUCUCCUCUGAAGACCAAACGUCCAUCAGGCACAGGCCAAGAAGGCUGGAGGUGUUGGUGUGAAAUGGGAAGAAAAGCCCGGUGGUGAAGCAGAUGCGCUCACCCCCCUGAACGGGGAGGAGGGGAGAUGGGGAGAGGGCGGCCUGAGGCUGGGGGCCCGCCCGGUGUGGGCGUUGGUACCACGGUCCUGACCCGCCCUGCUUUGUGCUUGGCCACCACCCUCCCCAGGCCGGCCCCGGAAGGAAGCAGUGCCAUUAAUAUUCUGUCUUCAUAGU